AUGGAUCUCACCACCAAUAUACCCGACGAGAUGCUCAUGCGCAUCUUCGCCUGCGUGCAGGUCGUGGACCCUAUCUACUGCGUGGACCGUGCUUAUUUUGGCUGGUUGUACAUUACCUUUGUUUGUAGAAGAUGGCGGCGUGUUGCCAUCGCAGAUGCGACGCUCUGGACACAUUGGACGCCCAUCCUCUGCAUGAGUCCGUGGGGUAUGGGCACAUUCAUGGAACGUAGCAAAAGUGCUCUGAUCAGCGUGUCCAUCCGGGGCUACUGUCCCGAUCACGAUGCAUUCAAAGUUCUUCGAGCUAUGAAGGACAACUGCAUACGCGUGCGCGCGUUCUCUUUAUUGUGUCGCAGGACAUAUCCCGACAUCAGCUCCGAAGUCAUGGAGAUCUUGGCGAAUGUCCCGUUUGAGUCUCUGACAUCCUGUCACCUUCAGAGCUUGCACCUGGAGACCGUUGAUGCGAAGGGAUGUCUUUCUUUGUUCAAAGGACGCGCACCUCGCCUGCAGCACCUCGUUUUCGAUCUGCCUCGGCUCCCGUUCAACAUCCUUGAUUGGACGUCCACUAUCUUCGAUAAUCUCUUAUCUCUUGAUCUCAUCAUGCUGCGCGAAGACCACCGCAACACAGUUACCCUUCUCGAUACUCUUCGCCGAAUGCCAAAGCUGUCCUCAUUGGUGAUUGAUCUUCGAGAAGAGAGCAGCGCCAGGUCGAGUGAAGGCCCGGGAGAGGGAGUUGUCGGAAUCCCUCUUCGCAAUUCAGACAGCUCAAUUGUACAUCUGCAUCGUCUGGAAAAGCUUGUUGUCGUUUCACGACUGGACGACUUGGUUCGCCUAUUGAACGGCAUCACCGUAUCAUCAUCCACUUCAGUGGCACUUGCAACUCGCAGGCCCGGAAGUACAUCCCUCCAGGAUGAAUGGUACACAGCUCUGAUGUAUCAUUUACUCUCGGCCAGCCGCAUAGCUGAACUCUCGCCAUUCAGUGCUGUCUAUCUUUCCUUCGAAGGAGGGCCUGCCAAUGUGAACAGUGUCAUCUUGAAGCUUACCUACGAGCCUCUACCUUACGCAGCACAUGGCAAGCUGCGUACACAUGGUACACGUUCCUCCCCAGAGAUACCUCGCAAGGACGACUAUGAUCUAUCGCUUCAACUUCCUGUGUCGGAUAUAUUGAGAAUUCUUCCCACUCUGUCGACUCGAAUAGAACACGCCACGAUGAUGACCCUCGAUAAGCUACCUUACAACUUCGACACGCGCCUUCUACUCCCCUUCUCCAGGGUCACUCAUCUUCGUGUCCUCGGCGCGUUUGAUAGACCAAAAAUUUCCUUCCUUUUCGCGCCCGAGGAAGUUCUCCUUCCUGCCCUGCGAGAGAUCGACUUCGCCGAUGUCGACAAUCUUGACAAACUCGCAUCAUGUUUUAGGUUCGGGUGGCAUGCCAAUUAUACUCACUUUUGGGCGCUCGAGAAGCUUCUCAACACGCGUAGAGAUACGCAUAGGCCCCUCAGCAGAAUCUACCUUCAUGUUGAACGCGAUCUUCAGCGCCUCAGAGAGGAACGCCCAUCUAGGGAUGUGAUUUUCCACUACUCCUCGGAUGUCUCCUUGACUUUGCCGUGUCUCGGGCUUCUAGCGGACUUCGCUGAAGUCCGAAUCGUCGGGAGGGACAUCGAUGUAUUCACAGAGGACGCGUGA